UCGUAGAAAAGUCAAGUCUAACAUAAUGAAACUGAUUGCUGCUUUCAUGAUUUUGUUUGCUGUAGCGUGUUCGGCAGAAUAUAGCAAGCUGUGGUUACACGAGGUUACCAGAGAGGGCAAACAAUGCAUGCAGAAACUGUCGAUCUCUAUGGCGGAUAACGUUAUUGAACGUAUAAUGUACAACAGAGGACCCACCCGUGACGAUAUGAAAUACCUGCGCUGCUUUUACAUCAAAUUCGGCAUUCUCGAUGCAAACGACAAAUUUGUCGUUGAUAGGGCGGUUGAAUUUGAGAUGGAUCGGUACGAGGAACAGGAGGUGCGUCCCGUGGUUACCCGGUGUGUCAAACAGGACGAUCCCUCCGUGUACGAGCGCUUGUGGCAGUUCUAUCAGUGUUUUAAUGCCGAUACGAGCUUGAAAGCUUGAUUUUUUUAACUGUAUGUAGACGCAUCAAGAAUC